GCAUACGUAUGCGGAGAAAAUCCAAAGCCAUGUGGAAACUAUAUACUGGAGUAUCAGAUUAUUGAAUCCAGUUCAACUGGACGGAUACUACAAAGUGAAUAUCUUAAUCUUGUAUCACAACACUCAACACAAGUAUUUCUGAAAUAAAAGCUGACUUCUUAGACAACUGAAACACAAAAAAAUUAAGAGCAUAGAAAUGGAGUUGGAGAAGAAAAAAAGCCCUCCUCAUGCACUGCUGCUUCCUUACCCUGCUCAAGGCCACAUAAACCCCAUGCUCCAGUUCUCCAAACGCUUGGUCUCAAAGGGCAUCAAAGUCACACUUGCAAACACUGUCUGCAUCUCCAACUCCAUGCUUUCUGACCCCAAGAGUCUCAUCUCUUUCGAGACUUACUCAGAUGGUUUUGAUCAGGGUGGCUAUGCCCAAGCAGAGAGUGUUGAUAUCUACCUCUCCAGUCUGCGCACUGUCGGCUCCCGGACUCUGCAAGACCUCAUCAAGAAACUUGAUGAGUCUGGCAACCCUGUGAAUGUGCUCAUCUAUGAUGGUUUCAUGCCUUGGGCUCUGGAUGUUGCCAGCAAGUUUGGACUUGUUAAAGCUGUGUUUUUUACUCAGUCAUGUGCUGUGAACUACAUUUAUUAUAAUGUGUACAAGGGUCUUAUCUCUCUCCCACGGCCGGGUGAUAACCCAUCAAUCAUUUCCAUUCCUGGCUUGCCUUUGUUUAGAUCAUGGGAAACUCCAGCUCCUUUGGAUUACUUGGAUCUUAUAGUGAAUCAGUUCUCUAAUGUUGAUGAUGCAGAUUGGGUCUUUUUUAAUGCAUUCCAAAAACUGGAAGAAGAGGUUCUGGGAUACAUGCCAGAAAUCUGGAAAGUGAGGACCGUAGGACCAACACUGCCAUCUAUGUACCUGGACAAGAGACUUGAAGAUGAUAAAGAUUAUGCUAUUAAUCUUUUCAAGCCAAACGACGAGGUUUGCAUGAACUGGCUAAACGAUAAACCUAGUGGAUCGGUCAUAUAUGUUUCAUUUGGAAGCUUCAUAACAGUGAGUGCAGAACAAAUGGAGGAAAUAGCACAGGGGCUCAAGGACUGCAACCACAACUUUUUGUGGGUUGUGAGGAAAUCAGAAGAGGAAAAGCUCCCAAAGAACUUCAUCAAUGAGAUAUCAGGAAAGGGUUUGGUGGUGACAUGGAGUCCACAGCUGGAGAUAUUAACACACAAGUCAGUAGGUUGUUUCGUGACACACUGUGGAUUCAAUUCAGUUCUUGAAGCCAUUAGUCUUGGAGUGCCUAUGGUGGGGAUACCGCAGUGGACUGAUCAGCCCGCGAAUGCCAAGUAUGUGGAGGAUGUUUGGGGCGUGGGGGUCAGAGCUAGGCCAGAUGACAAGGGAAUUGUGAAAGGAAAAGUGCUGCAAUCAUUGAUAACAGAGGUUAUGGAGGGGGAGAAAGGAAAAACAAUCAAGACCAGGGCGGCCAACUGGAAGAAUUUGGCUAGAGAAGCUGUCGAUGAAGGCGGAACCUCAGAUAGCAAUAUUAAUGAAUUUGCUGCGACAUUGUUGCACUAAGCUUCUGUUUCAGCCGAAGCUGAUUUCGAAAGCUUUAUUUAUUUACUUUAUGUAUGGUAACACCUCUGUAGUUGUAUUCAGUCACAACUUGAGGUUGGUUGUUACACAAAUGCCGUUGGUGUGGAAAAAUGUUACUCUGUAUUCAAUACUUCAUGAUAUGCUUUCAUUUCCCUGAUUGUUUAGGAUGGUCUAGGAAGCAAGGAUUCUGGGUAACCCAGAGAAUCACCAGGUCCCAGAGCACCCUGUAUGGAGACUCGUUACUAGUAAUGUAUCAAAAGCAAAUAAUUUUUUUUUUUA